GAAGAUAAUGCAAUUCCUUUCACAGAUGUAACAGUUGAAGCUAUUUCUCAAAGUUUAAGAUCACAAGAAUAUCAAUCUAGAGGAUUUGAGCAGUUAAAACAUAUAGUAGAUGAUAAGAUUUACUAC